AUGGUUCCAGGAAGCCGCUUGUGUAGCAGUUGACACGUGUAUAGCUAAGUGUCUUGGGCCUUGAAACUUAAAAAGGGGGAGGAGUGUAGUGAAAUAAUGUCACUUCAAACAGCCUUGCUUUUGGGCUAUUUAUUUAGCCACGUGGAUACAUGUAUAUUUUACCCCCACCUCAUCCCUAUGACUGAUUGUGAGUAACAGCCACUCUUCAGCAUCAUGGCCUCGGCACUUGAGACUGCCAACAGUCUAGACAGCCUUCAGCAGCUGUGUAUAUGCUACCUGGUUAACCACAUGGACGUCUUGGCAGCUUCCCUGCGGUCAGCCUCCAUGGAGUGGUCAGUGGUCAGUCAGAAUGGACCCUCUGCUUCACUGUCCAUUGAGCUCAGUGACCGAAUGCUGGAGUAUUACUCUAGAAUAAGUAUCCACAGUUUGGAGAAAGAGCGCUCCCUGAAUGACAUCCUGAGUACUGGUCUGAGUUUCAGUAGAGUUUCACUGGUACGAAGAGGUGUAGUCAGUGCUGAAAACUUAGAUAAAUUGUCUGAUAAGAACAAGUUUAAAAGCAUUGAAUUAUGGCUGUUUGAGGAAGACACUUAUAGUGGUAUUCGUGUUGAACAGAAUAAACUCCUUGAAAGCAGUGAACACAGUUUGUGUUCUUUAAGUUUACGGGUCCUUUGCAGCCCAUUUCGCUUGUCUGACAUAAUGCAUGCUCUGAGGGGUAAGCAGAUGAACGAAGAAUUUAUGAUGAGCUUACGUGGUAUUAUCCCUGAAGCUGACCAACUUGUAUCCAAUAUGAAAUUCAAAAUUCCAAAGUCUUCAAAUGAAGUGUACAAUAGAGAUGAAAAUCAAUCCCCAGAAAAAGAGUUGAUUUGUGCAGGGGGUGACAACAGAGGUUUUGAGUGUCAUCAAGACUUGCAGACCGACAGCCUUAAAUCUCUCACACUUAUAUGUGGAAGUUAUUUGAAGGACUCCAGAACUUUUGUCGUUUUAGAAUUCUUAUCCUCACUUAUUCCUCACAUAGCCAACCUGCGCUGUCUUUCUGUGACAAUGAACCUGUACCGACCGAUAUCAUGGUUGCUAUCUGAGACCUGGCUAGCAGAUCUCCAGCACUUGCAGUCUCUCACUAUGUCUGCUUGCUACAUGCCAAGUGAGGAAGAUAAACUGAUCACAACAGCCAUGCCAUAUUUCUUUCAGAACUUGUCCACUCUCAGACAUCUAAGGCACCUGGAUAUCAGCCAUGGAUGUAAGGACUCUAAGAAUGAUGCCUUGUACACAGACAAAGAGCAGCAACAAUUCUUUGAGGCUAUUAAAGCCCUGCCAUGUCUUAAGUCACUGGAUAUUGCUGGCACAAACUUGCAGAAUAUUAUUUUUCAGAAGGACUGCAUGAAAGAAUGCCGAAGGUUCGAUUAUCUGGGUCUGUUUGCAAGCCAUGAGCGUGUUUGCCAGCACACAUUCAUACCAGCUGACAAAAUCAGCGGUGACGCUAACGAGGAGCAGCUGUUGGUUGCGCUGUGGUCGUACCAGCACAACCUGGUGCUCAUGUACCGAGUCCUGGGGGCCGUGAAAGAGCUGGUCCGUGAUGGGGAGACGUUCUCAACACAGAAUGGGCUUGCCUUCUUUGAAGGUUUGCUGACCUAUCUUACUAAGUGCAGUGAGUGGGACUCCAAUAUGGCCAGCGAUGACCACCUGGAGGAGAAGAACAUCUACAGUAUUCUAUAUAUCCUAUAUUACUUGGUAUACAAAUCAGCUGUCAAGACAGCAAUAAGUGUUCAGCAAAGAAGGCGAUUCCUAGAACAACUUUUAGUGGUUUUUAAGACACUAAACUACCCUGGAAGCUGGAAACCUUCUCUGAAUGCUCAAAGGAACAAGAUUCUGAGAGUUGGAAUAUUGCAUAUAAUGAUCCUGGAUCUGGAAGUUGUUGCUGUGUACAGUCACCAGUUUGAGCAGUAUGUUCAUGUGCUGGUCUCCACAUACCAGGGCUGGUGUCACCAAGAACAGAAGGAGCUGAUAUUGCGUCUGCUGCACUGUGCGUGCAGGAUCAGUCAGGAAUGCAAGCUGGUUGCUGGGAGCAACGCAAACCUUGUACAGACAAUGCUGGAUUGGAUCUCUGACAUGAUGCAGAGUGGUGUGGUUGUGGACGAGCUGUUACAGAAGCAGUGGAGCAUACUGUGGACACUCACUGACGAGGUGCCGACCAACUGCGCCCUCUUUGUGCGUCAUAAUGGAAUGAACACUUGCAGCCUGUGCAUUCAGAAAUAUUCACAAGAUCGUGACAUGCUGAGGAAGAUUACUGGAGCCUUGAGCAAUGUGUCUGAGAACUUCCACCUCCACGAUCACUUCAUGACAGAUGAGAUGGUGAAAAUGUGCAGGUCCCUGUUGGAGUACACAGAGGAGGGGGACUAUGGGGUCAGCUCUCACGCUGCAAGCAUCCUCAUGAUGCUGACUGCCCCAGGUCCGGCUCACUGGACGCUUGCAGAACAGUCAAGGGAGGUCAUCCUGUCUGAGGUGGAUGAAAUCAUUAAGAAGUGGGACAUAGAUCAAUCAAAAGGAAUCAAAUAUAGGUCACUUAUGCCAAUGAUUCGACAGCUGGAGAAUUAUUCGACACCCACAGCUCAACUCUGGGCAGCUUGGAUCAUCUGUAACCUGUUAAAGAUCUCUCCGAAUAACUACUGCACGCUGCUGAGUCAGGAGGGAGGCCUGUCUGUGAUACAGCGUGUGUUGGAGCACGGAGACUUGAGACCAGACGUCCAAGAUCUACUCACACAGAUCACACAUCUGCACGUCACUCACAGGGGAUAGGCCCUGAGGCCCCUGACAGUGAUACAGAGUGUGAUGGAGCAGGGAAACACAAAACCUGAAGUGUUUGAUCGUCUCGAACUGAUCAAAAUUCUGUAUAUCCAUUUAAGGUGAUAUGCGCUUGGGAAGAACAGAGUUAAUUCAUUGUGAUAGUGGGAUAUUGGUGUUUGUAAAAUACUGUUAUUUUAUUUUACUGAUAUGCUGGUAGCAUCAUUUUAUUGUUGGAUCAUCUCCAGAACCUACAAAAAAGUAUUUCCAUGGAAACAAUUACAUGUACUAAGAACAGUCAUAAGCUUUAGCUUAGCCUAAGUUUCAAAUUUUGAAACAAUGGUUAUAUGUAGUUGUUAGAUUUCAAGCAUCCUCAUUGGUUAAUACUUGGAGACAAAGAUGGCGCUGGAUAAAUGUUGUAGUCGUGAGACCAGGUCAACUAACAAAUGUGAGUCAGUUACCUCCCCUGAUUAUUCAUAAACACGCAACCUCCACGCAGAGAUUUGACUGUUUUGUAGCUUUGCUCAAUAUCAAAUCCCUGCCAUUUUAACCUACCACAUGAUGAUAACCGAGCCAUGUGGUACAAUAAUUU